GUCAUUCUCAAAGACAACACCAGUCUAAAAACGACUCGCUCGUUUUAAAACAGAAUUCUAUUUCUUCAACUCAACAUUAUGUUGUCAACAGCUAAUAUCAAUAUGGCCUCUUCAUUUCUGGCAUCUGGUGAAGACGGGGUAUCCUGUCCCCUGUGUCUCGAUGUAUAUGAAGAUCCAAGGACCUUGCUGUGUGAACACACAUUCUGCUCGCACUGCUUGUCCUAUAUGCAUGCACACUGAAACUUUUUGUGUUGACACUGGAGAAAUAUUAAAACCCGACAUAAAAUCUCUGACAGACAAGCAGACACUGACAGAUACCCAGACAAACAUGCAGACAGACAGACUGACACCGACAGACACCCAGACAUACAGGUACACAGAGAGACUGACACUGACACUGACAUUUCAAACAGAGAUAUCAUCAGAUAAACGUUGUCCUGAUCUAUCAUCCAUUGCGGUGCUAGGAGGUGAAAGAUCUAAGAAAAUUGUUGUAAGUGAUUUGUUGAACUCCUGUGUAAAAUGUUUCUCUGCUGAAAACUCUGAACUUUUAUUUAAAUAUAAACUUCCCGGGCCACCAGGCGGCCUUGCUAGGUCACGUGACCAGCAGAUCGUUGUCACCCUGCCAAAGAAACGCCAAAUAUUAUAUCUGGAUGUACAAGAUGACAUCUGUUGGACAAACACAUUGAAAACUAAGAAACAGUACAAUUUCAUAUCAGUGUUACCUAGCAACCGUCUGGCAAUCAGUGAGUUGUUUGGUGUGUGUGUAGACAUAAUUGAUGAUGGAGGGAUUGUCAUCCAGUCUUUUCCCCGCGACUUGAUCCGCCGACCCUCGUGUCUCACAGUGAAAGGUGACUCUCUGGUUGUUGUAUCAGAGGAAAACAGUUUGAAAUGUGUGACAUCAUCGGGACACGUCACGUGGCAUUCACGUGAUUCAGCAAGGCUACGUGAUCUAUGCGGUGUCGCAUGUGACAUGGAAGAGUUUGUUUAUGUUUGUGAUAUCCAGAGAAAAUGUAUUGUCCAAAUGUCACCUGAUGGAGAGGUCAUCCGUGACGUCAUCACGGACCAGGAUGGAUUGUCCAGACCUCGGUUUGUCUGUUGUGAUCAGGAUAAACUUUAUGUCACCCAGUGACAUGGACACAUUCAAAUAUUUACAUGGAGGAAAGCUAACACUAGUGCAUGGCAUACAUUACUUUCUUACCUUCUACCGGUCGUUUAUUGUUGUUUUAUUACCUUCUUUCUGUUUUUGGAAAACUGAAAUUCUUCAGCACA